UCCGUCGCCUCCCUAUGUCGCGGAUGGACGCACAAUGGGCAGUGGUAGUCACGUGCCCUUCACUCGCCGCAGCGCCACCGUGUGACAGAAAGGAAAAUGCAUGACUUGUUCCUAGGCCGGUUUGUACCGCCGGGAGGUCCUCCACUCUAUGCAUGCCUGGACUAAGCUGUAGAUUCUACCAGCAUAAAUUUCCAGAGGUGGAAGAUGUAGUGAUGGUCAAUGUUCGAUCCAUUGCUGAAAUGGGAGCUUAUGUCAGCCUACUGGAAUACAACAACAUUGAAGGCAUGAUUCUUCUUAGUGAACUAUCCAGGAGACGUAUCCGCUCCAUAAACAAACUCAUCCGCAUAGGCAGGAAUGAGUGUGUUGUGGUCAUAAGGGUCGACAAAGAGAAAGGUUACAUUGACUUGUCAAAAAGAAGAGUUUCCCCAGAGGAGGCAAUCAAAUGUGAAGACAAAUUCACCAAAUCAAAAACUGUUUACAGUAUCCUUCGCCAUGUUGCUGAGGUGUUGGAAUACACCAAGGAUGAGCAGCUGGAGAGUCUGUUCCAGAGAACUGCCUGGGUAUUUGAUGACAAGUACAAAAGACCAGGAUAUGGUGCUUAUGAUGCAUUCAAGCAUGCAGUCUCAGACCCUGCAAUUCUGGAUGGACUAGAUUUGACAGAAGAUGAGAGACGUGUGCUGAUUGACAACAUAAAUAGACGUCUGACACCACAGGCGGUCAAAAUCCGAGCUGACAUUGAAGUUGCCUGUUAUGGUUAUGAGGGUAUUGAUGCAGUGAAAGAAGCUCUGAGAGCUGGUUUGAACUGUUCCACCGAGAACAUGCCAAUUAAAAUUAAUCUGAUAGCUCCUCCUCGUUAUGUGAUGACCACCACAACGUUGGAGAGAACUGAAGGCCUCUCUGUUCUGAACCAAGCCAUGGCUGUCAUUAAAGAAAAGAUUGAGGAGAAGAGAGGAGUCUUCAAUGUGCAGAUGGAGCCCAAGGUGGUUACUGACACAGAUGAGACUGAGCUUGCAAGGCAACUGGAAAGGCUGGAGAGGGAAAAUGCUGAAGUGGAUGGUGAUGAUGAUGCUGAGGAAAUGGAAGCUAAAGCUGAAGACUAAAUUUCCUGGGAUGAGUACCAGUUAAGGAGAAUAUAUGAUAAAUUAGACACAAACACCCUGGACUAAAAGUUUCCAGUAUCAAAAACUCCAAAAGCAGAUACCUUCUUAAAAUAUUUGAAUGUUUUAAACAGACCAACAUGUGGAACCGUCUCUUAAACAUCAUUUGUUCUUGUAUAGAACUUCCACAAAUUGAGUUCUUCAAAAGGAAGGUACCUACUUUCACUGUAGACUCAAAUCCAGUGGGCCAGGGAGGGAUCAUAGACCUUUGCUUAACAUUUUCAUAUCUAACAACUCCAGAUUGGCAACUGUUUCAGGUCAGUACCUUUGUCAGUGAGGUUUCCUGGGAGCACCAAAACCAAGUGAGCCUAACACUUCUACACAGAAUGUAUUCAAGCAAAUAUUCAAUAAAUUUCUGGGAUAUUUAA